UAUAAUCCUAAAGACAUUGCCAUUAGUUUUGGUGAGAUUUUACAUUUAAUGAUUUUUGCGCCUAAAAUAAAGGGCGGCCAAACACACAAAUUAUGGGGAAAGGAUCCGACCGUCUUCCGCCUCUCCCCGAGGCGUGACAUUUACGCGCUACAUUGACACGUGGGACCACGUGCACUGUAAAGUGCGAGAACAGCAGUGGGAAAAAAGGUUUCUUUAUCACCGAAAAAUUAACCGUUGGAAAUGACACGCGUCGCCAAACGCGACCACCUGUCCUCGUCAACCUCCUUUGGAUUCUCGCCCUCACUAUUCCUUGUUUGUGAGCUCGGCUUGGGUUGCUCUGUUUUUAAGGGAAAGAAUACAUUGCUCCUGCCUCUCUCUCUCUCUCGCUCGCUCGCUCGCUCCCCUAGUCCCAGUCUCCAUGUGAACCCGUGAUUCGGUUUUGAUUCUUGCCCCAGACCUGCAAGAGAGCCCAAUUGAGGCAAACGGAUCCUAAUUCUCCAAUGGGAUGUCGCCGAAUUUAGCAAUGUUGAUACAAUCCGGCGAAAUUUCUAUCCUUAUCGUCCUUUGCUUAUCUCUGUUACUGUCAUUUUCCGGCAAUGGCGUGGCCGGUGCUUCAACGGCGUUCAACUUCGGAACACUAACUCUGAGUAGCUUGAAGCUUCUCGGAGACGCCCACUUGAACAAUGGGAGUGUGCGGCUCACUCGCGACCUUCCUGUCCCCAACUCUGGCGCCGGCAGGGCUCUGUACAGCAAACCCGUCAGAUUCCGGCAGCCGGGGAGCGUAUCGGCGACGUCGUUCUCGACCACCUUCUCAUUUUCCAUCGCGAAUCUGAACCCUUCAUCGAUCGGCGGCGGACUCGCCUUCGUCAUUUCACCGGACGACGAAACAAUCGGCGGCGCCGGCGGGAUGCUCGGACUGGCCGACGACAAGGGUCUUUCCACAGGUUUCGUAGCCGUGGAGUUCGAUACUCUUAUGGAUGUGGAGUUCAAAGAUAUCAAUGGAAACCAUGUGGGUCUGAACCUGAACAGCAUGGUCUCGUCGCAGGUCGUCGAUUUGGAGGCUCGCGAGAUCGAUCUCAAAAGCGGCAAUCUCGUUAACGCUUGGAUCGACUACGACGGACCGUCUCAGGUUUUCAAUAUAUCUGUUUCUUACUCGAAUCUGAAGCCAAGAGAACCUCUUUUGUCCUUUGAUCUCGAUCUGGUUCAGUUCGUGAAUGAUUUAAUGUACGUAGGCUUCUCUGGUUCGACUCAGGGGAGCACAGAAAUUCACAGUAUAGAGUGGUGGAGCUUCAGUUCAUCGUUCGAUUUGGGUUUGAGUUCUGGGUUAUCGUCUCCGCCAUCUCCAGUGACGAACUCUGUGAACCCACCUCCUCCUUCUUUGACUCCUCCUUCUUUGGCUCCUUCCGUAUCAAAGUCACCAGAACAGAGCAGUAAGUCAUCGUCUUGCCAUAACCAGCUCUGUAAACAGGGACCGGGAGCUGUCGCCGGUGUGGUAACAGCCGGAGCUUUUUUUCUCGCCUUGUUUGCGGGUGUUCUCAUCUGGGUGUUUUCUAAGAAAUUCAGACGUCUGAAGAGAUCUGACCCGGUUGCCUCCGAAAUCAUCAAAAUGCCAAGAGAAUUCCCCUACAAAGAGCUCAAAGCGGCCACGAAUUGCUUCAAUUCCAACAGAAUUAUAGGCCACGGCGCCUUUGGGACAGUCUACAAGGGCAUACUACCCGAAACCAACGACAUUGUCGCUGUGAAGAAAUGUAGUCACAGUUCACAGGGAAAGAACGAAUUUUUAUCAGAGCUAUCCAUAAUUGGGACUCUCAGGCACCGGAAUCUAGUUCGUCUUCAGGGUUGGUGCCACGAGAAAGGCGAAAUUUUACUAGUUUACGACUUAAUGCCCAAUGGGAGCCUCGAUAAGGCCCUGUUCGAAGCAAGAACCACUCUCCCAUGGCCGCACAGAAGAAAAAUUCUGAUGGGCGUUGCCUCGGCUUUAGCAUAUCUGCAUCAAGAAUGCGAAAAUCAGGUAAUUCACAGGGACAUUAAGACCAGCAACAUAAUGUUGGACGAAGGGUUCAACGCGAGGUUAGGAGAUUUUGGUCUCGCGAGACAAGUUGAGCACGACAAGUCGCCUGAUGCGACGGUGGCCGCGGGUACAAUGGGCUACUUGGCGCCGGAGUACCUCCUCACGGGCAGAGCCACCGAGAAAACCGACGUGUUCAGCUACGGUGCGGUGGUUCUGGAGGUGGCCAGCGGAAGAAGACCCAUUGAGAGAGAGAUCAUUGGGGUCGGAAAAGUUGGGAACAACAGCAAUUUGGUGGAAUGGGUUUGGGGUUUACACAGAGAAGGAAGGUUGUUAAUGGCGGCCGAUGGGAGAUUAGAGGGAGAAUUUGAUGAAGCAGAGAUGAGGAAGGUGCUUCUGGUUGGGCUGGCCUGCUCGCACCCUGACCCAUUGGUUCGACCCACGAUGAGGAGUGUGGUUCAGAUGCUGGUGGGCGAGGCCGAGGUCCCAAUUGUCCCAAGGUCCAAACCCUCCAUGAGUUUCAGCACCUCCCAUCUGCUGCUGUGCCUGCAGGACUCCGUUUCUGACUGCAAUGGCAUGAUCACCGUCUCUUCCUCCUCAUCAGAUCACAGCUUCAAUGGCGUGGAUCUGGUCUGAUUCAAAACCAAGGGUUCAGAUUAAUUAAAUUAACUUGUUUGUGAGUAAUGGUCCUUUCAGGAAUCAUUACUUGUAAGUAUUUGUUGUUUAUUUAUUUAUAUUCUUUUGUUUCUAUGUAAAACAACAGCACAAUAACUUUACCAAUGCAAUGAAUGUGGCCGGGAAAGCCAUUUUUGUGUUUUA